CCGCGAGGCUGGAAACCAACACGAACGAAAGAGAGAGACACCUGAGGCACUGAAGAGUCCACUUACACCAACAACUCAAGCUCAGAAGCAGAAUAUCACAAGUUACCCAUCAAAUAAGAGAAUAUAACGCUUGAAAAUGAUGAAUCAGAUCGAGCUUUCCGUUCCAUAUGAUAAUGGAUAUGAACCGGACGACUACAUGAUGCAGGAGGAAGAAUGGGACCGGGAUUUACUACUGGAUCCAGCAUGGGAAAAACAGCAACGGAAGACGUUCACGGCCUGGUGUAACUCUCACCUGAGGAAAGCUGGGACACAGAUUGAGAACAUAGAGGAAGACUUCAGGAAUGGCCUCAAACUAAUGCUGCUGCUUGAAGUCAUCUCAGGUGAGAGGUUACCCAAGCCUGACAGAGGAAAGAUGCGUUUUCACAAGAUAGCCAAUGUCAACAAAGCCCUUGAUUUCAUCACCAGUAAAGGAGUGAAACUGGUCUCCAUUGGAGCUGAAGAAAUUGUGGAUGGAAAUGUGAAAAUGACUCUUGGAAUGAUCUGGACCAUCAUCCUUCGCUUCGCUAUUCAGGAUAUCACUGUUGAAGAGACUUCGGCUAAAGAAGGGCUUCUGCUGUGGUGUCAGAGGAAGACUGCCCCUUACAGGAAUGUCAAUGUUCAAAACUUUCAUGUCAGCUGGAAGGAUGGCUUGGCGCUGUGCGCUCUCAUCCACAGGCACAGGCCUGACCUCAUUGACUACGCCAAACUCAACAAGGAUGAUCCAUUGGGUAAUCUGAAUUUGGCAUUUGACAUUGCUGAAAAACAUCUGGACAUCCCCAAAAUGCUGGAUGCAGAGGACAUCCUGAACACCCCAAAGCCUGAUGAGAGAGCUAUUAUGACAUAUGUGUCUUGCUUCUACCAUGCCUUUGCUGGAGCUGAACAGGCUGAAACUGCUGCUAACAGGAUCUGUAAGGUGCUGGGAGUGAAUCAGGAAAAUGAGAAGUUGAUGGAGGAUUAUGAAAGACUGGCUAGUGAGCUGUUGGAGUGGAUCAGGCGUACCAUUCCCUGGCUGGAGAAUCGUGUGCCGGAGAAGACCAUGUCGGAGAUGCAGCGGAAGCUGGAGGAUUUCCGAGAUUACCGCAGGAUGCACAAACCUCCCAAAGUGCAGGAGAAGUGUCAACUGGAGAUCAGCUUCAACACCCUGCAGACUAAACUCCGCAUCAGCAACCGACCUGCAUUUAUGCCCUCUGAGGGCAAGAUGGUUUCGGACAUAGCAAGUGCAUGGCAGGGGCUGGAACAGGCAGAGAAGGGCUAUGAGGAAUGGCUGCUGACGGAAAUCAGGAGACUGGAAAGAUUGGACCAUCUAGCAGAGAAAUUUAGACAGAAAGCUACCAACCAUGAGACCUGGGCUGCAGGUAAGGAGGGGAUGCUGACCGGGAAGGACUAUGAGUCAGUAUCUUUAAUGGAGGUCCGAGCUUUGCUGAGGAAACACGAGGCAUUUGAGAGUGACCUUUCUGCCCAUCAGGACAGAGUCGAGCAGAUUGCUGCUAUUGCUCAGGAGCUCAAUGAGCUGGACUAUCAUGAUGUUGCAUCAGUGAAUCAAAGGUGUCAAAGUAUUUGUGACCUCUGGGACCAACUGGGUACACUCACUCAGAAACGCAGAGAGGCUUUGGAGAGGACAGAGAAACUUUUGGAGACGGUGGAGCAGUUGUUUCUGGAAUACGCAAAGAGAUCUGGUCCCUUUAAUAACUGGAUGGAGGGAGCCAUGGAAGACUUACAGGAUAUGUUCAUAGUGCACACCAUUGAAGAGGUCCAGACUCUGAUAGCUGCUCACGAGCAGUUUAAGGCCACACUUCCUGAGGCGGAUGCAGAAAGGCAGGCGAUCCUUGGCAUUCAGCAGGAAGUCCUGAAGAUCUUCCAGAAUUAUGGCAUUCGUGGAGACCUCACUAACCCCUACAGCACCAUAACUACAGAAGAGAUUGCCAUCAAGUGGGACAAGGUGAAGAAGCUGGUUCCCCAGCGUGACAGUGCACUGCAGGAGGAGUUAGCGCGACAGCAUGCUAAUGAAAGGCUCAGACGCCAAUUUGCUGCCCAAGCCAACCUCAUCGGACCCUGGAUACAGGCCAGGAUGGAGGAAAUUGGUCGUUGUUCUAUGGCUAUGGGUGGGACUCUUGAGGACCAGAUGACGCAGCUGAAGCAGUAUGAGCAUGUGAUCGUCAGCUAUAAACCCAACAUCGACAGACUGGAGGGAGAUCACCAACUCAUCCAGGAGUUACUUAUCUUUGACAACAAACAUACUAACUACACUAUGGAGCAUAUUCGUGUUGGCUGGGAGCUCCUUUUGACUACGAUUGCUCGCACUAUUAACGAAAUUGAGACUCAAAUUCUGACACGUGAUGCAAAGGGCAUCAGCCAGGAGCAGAUGAAUGAAUUCCGAUCCUCUUUCAACCAUUUUGAUCGGGAGGAGAGGGGUAAACUCAGGACUGAUGAGCUUAAAGCAUGCCUGAUCAGCUUUGGGCAUUUAGGAAGUGACAAACAGGGUGAGGUGGAGUUUGCCCGGAUCAUGAUGCUGGUUGAUCCAAACACUUCAGGUGUUGUGUCAUUCCAGUCUUUCAUUGACUUCAUGACAAGAGAGACAGCGGACACAGACACAGCUGAACAGGUCAUUGCUUCCUUCAGGAUCCUCGCUGCAGACAAGCCAUAUAUUUUGGCAGAUGAGUUGAGGCGAGAACUUCCUCCAGACCAGGCAGAGCACUGCAUCAGCAGGAUGCCCCCAUACACCGGCCCCGGGGCCCUGCCUGGAGCCCUGGACUACACUGCCUUCUCCACGGCCCUCUACGGAGAGAGUGACCUUUAACUCUCUCAACAUCUCUGACCUUUUUCAAUCCCAUCACACUUGUAAACCAAGUAAAUUCUUUAUUCAUCAGCCUCACGAAAUUGAGACAUGGCAAAUAAACAAAAUGAGCACAACUUCAGUUUUUUAGUCUCAGUUGAUGUAUGUUGCUAGAUGAUUGAUAUGAAAUGUUUAAGUCAAUACACAUGUAAUGCAGUCUGGAAAUGAAAAGAAUGCAAUUAAGAAAGUUAAAUUUUUUUUAUCUGUAACAGUCCAAAGUAGUUGUGAAUUUUAGAUUCACUUUCUCAUGAAUUGUUGAAUCCAUGGCAUGGGACACUAUUUUACUGUCUUUCAUGUAGGCUAUGUAUAAUAGAGAAAAUUUACAAAGACUUUGUCACUUGAAUUACAACCAAAUCAGUAGUUAAGUUGCACUAAAUUCAGAAUUCAGUACUUUUAAGUACAUUAUAGGUUUUUUUUGCAUUUUACUCUGAUCUUUUCCAAUCGCACUUUUCCAGAAUGAAAUCUAUUUUGUGUGGUAGUGUUAAACGCACAGUAUGUAAGAUUUUGCACAUUUGAAUUAUCUCCAAAUGAGAAAGAUUCACCUAACCAUUGUGCUUUUCUUGUUUUUCCUCUGGCACUGUAGUGUCCCUGGUUAAAAAAGCAACAUGAAUAGUAGCUCAACUCAAUUCUCCACAACAUAAUCACCUAAAAACCUAACAGUGCAUAAUUUUAUAUACAGUAACAGUUUAGAUAAGGUAGGAAGAGGUGACUUUGUCAUUCUCACUAGUGAGUCAGAUAAUUAAGAGCACCAUUGGCUGAUUUGGUUGUACAUGACAUUUUGAAUAUUGCGAAUGCUUGGAACAUUUUCUUAAGUUUGGUGAUUACAUGAAGUAUCAAUCUAUGUACUACUACAGGGCUUGUCACAUAAAGAAAGCAAAAAACAGAAAUUAUUAUGAUAUAAUACUAAAUUUACAGUUGUGGGUAAAAGUAUGUGAACGACAGACAAACACCGCCUGCUUAACACACCAUUGUCUGUAUUAAACACAGCAUGCAAACCAUUCACAGUGAAGAGUGAAAAAGUAUGUGAAUCCCAGAAUAUCAAUCAAGCUUUCACGAAUACAACAAAUUUCUCACUAAAAAGUCACACUAGUUCAGUGUACAAUGACAGUGCAUUUGAGUGAUUUUUGGUCAAUUUGUUAACCUAUCAAAAUAGUUUUAAGGGGAGACACUGCAGGCAAAAACA